GGGAGAUUUGCAGGAUGCAGUGAACGCCGCGAGGAUGGGAUAAUUGAUGCGCAUACCGCAGCCUCGCAGUCCGUUCUUUUGGCCAGUGAAUCCAAGGUGUCUACUGUGUGUCCGGCGUUGUAUUGACCUAUUCUGCACCUGAUGGUGGCUCUCGCUGCCGUGCAGACCCCGAAUCCCACCCCCAUCGGCCAAAUUUGAGAGGCUGCGAUGAGCAGCUCAAAGCGCAGAAGCGGCCCUGCAGGCUUGAUCGAUGACUUUGCGGCCACGCCAGAUCCCAAGCGACGCAAGCGUAACGACGACACCCACUAUCCCGACUUCGAGACUCGAGAGACAACCACAGAACUCGGGUUAAAACUGGUCAGACAGCUGAAAAUAUCCAAAGACAAGAGUGGCCGCAAUGUCGCCGUUCACUUCAUCGACCUGCCUAGCAGGGCCGACUAUCCCGACUACUAUCAGCAGAUUGCCAUGCCACUGUCCUUGAACAUGAUCGAGCAGAGGCUGGAGAAUCGUGAAUAUGAGACCAUGGAACAGCUGGAAUCGGAUUUAAAGAGAAUGGUGCAGAAUGCAAAGGACUACAACCAUAGCAAAUCGCCCAUUUUCGAAGACGCAGAACGUAUCCGAAAGGCAUUGUCGAAUUUCAUGCCCAAACAUAACCCGGCAUACCUACGACCGGACUACCGUGCCUAUCCCACGCCCAUUCCGCAAGACCUCCUCGACCGGCAACGGGCAUCAUCUGCGGUGUCUGAAGCCCAUACACCCACGGAAAAGGUCAAACUGGUAUUUUCCAGAAGUCGUCGGAGUGAGGCAACGCCAGCUACUUUGACUCGGAAGGACUUGAAACAGGAUUACCUGAACUUCCUGAAGGAGUUGUCCGAGCAAGAAGAUGCAAUCAAUUUCGAGGAAAGGGUGUCCAAAAAAGACUAUCCUGAUUAUUACAAGGUGAUCAAGAAGCCCACCUCGAUCUCCGAUGUUCGAGCCUUGGUGGAAAGUGAUGCCAUUCCGGACUGGGAUACAUUGGCAAAGGAGGUUCGCUUGAUUUGGGACAAUGCGAAGGAAUACAACCAGGAAGGAUCCGACAUAUACAUAAUGGCGGAGAAGCUUGAAACAUGGUCAGAACAGAGAAUGCAGUCUCUCGGUGCUGCACCACGCCGAAAUCUCAAGUUGUCCCUGUCGCAACCGAAGCCGAAGGCCCUGAGGCUCACAAUGGGCUCGUCCACUCCAACACCAACUCUUGUGGGCGGCACCAUCGACAGUGAAUCUCUUCGACGCCAAAAAGAAGAGACUGGCCAAGCCCUCAGUCGGGCACGGCGAGCAAGUUCCAGACACGCUCAGGCCAAUGGAUCAACCCCGGUUCCUCCAACUGCUACACCUAGUGUUCGUCGGAGUGUUUCGCAAGUAUCACAAGGAGCAGAGGUCACAGAGCAACCUGAUAUUGUUAUGGCGGAAGCCACUGCUAAUGGCACAGCUACUCCACAACCUCAGGAAGUUAUUCCCAAGGCGUCCCAGACUCCGGCUCCAGCUCCUGUACAGUUACCGACACCUGUAAGGGAAGUUGAUACACCUGCACCAGGGGUUGCCCUGACCAACGGAACCCGUGGCUACGAGCCGCCUGGCUCGCGGCCUGCCCCACACUCGGCUGACGGUACAUCUCCUGUCCCGUUCGAGCGUCGAUUUCGUGACCCCGGCAAAGGCCUCGAGUCUGCACUUAUUGGUUCUGUCAUCUUCAAGACGAAUCCCACUCUUCCCAAUGAUCCGAAAUGGCAACUCGUGCGCCGUGCCUCACCUGUUAGGACCCAGACCACAGGCUUCAUAAGCUUACCGUUCAACUACCGCGACAUUCGAAUCAUCCCAGUGACCACCCCAGAGUUGAAGUCUCGACGACGACAUCGAAUUCUUGUCAUACAUAACACGCAGGUAUAUCGAGAACCCAACUCACCGUUUCCUGGUGCGUACGAUGUGCGACUGUAUCCGGGAGAAAACGUGCUGUCAGUAGAAGUACUCGCAGAUCUCAGAGACGGGGAGCGACGGGAUGCGCCUCCUCAAUUGCAAUUUGACUUUGAGAAGUGCACCUUGAUUGUUAAUCUCGGUUCACGGCCAUGAUGAACACUCGGCUCAGCCUGAGUCAAGGAACUCGUGUUCCAUCUAAUGUUAGAGUGCUCACCAAGGCGUGUUCCUCGGAAGAGACUGCGAGGUGUGUCUUGGGGAGAAUGAGCUGGUUUUCAUCAGCUGCGUGUUGAGCUGCUCACGAUGCUUGGACGAUGCAUGUUUAUGUACGGUCUAUGCAAGUUACCGGGCUCCAUGUCGUCCACGGUUUCGAGAUGAAGGCGUCCUUACCAGGAAAACAACAGGGAUACCCUUGAGCCUGCAGUCAUUGAAUGAUUGUAUUCUAGAAGAACUCUUGUCUGAAGUGAAAGUUCUCUGGCCCUCUGGGGUUCUUUCGAGACCAUUACUUCGUAAACAGGUCCGGAUGGUAAUUUGACUUGACAUUGUUACAACCAAGACUCAAAACGUAUGAGUAUAUUCUCGUUCUAGCUCAGGAUCGCACUUGAGAACCAG